GAGCCACGAUCCAGAGGCCGAACGGUAUAUGGGUCACACUGCUGAUCUGCCAAAUUUUCAGAGUCAAGAGUAUGCACACUUGACGAGCACGGGCCGAGUUGGACAUGGCUCCCGGCCGCUUUUGCCGUGAUGGCUCGCUCGUUCAAGCUCUGCUGCUGCUGCAUGGCUGUAGAAACCAACAUCUGCGGCGUUUCGCGAUGCUGGUGGUGUGCCGUUCGCUUGUCCACAAAAUCUCGAUCGCAGUGUCCGCAUACCUUGGCCAUCGCGUGGCGCUUCCGUCGUAGCUUGGGCCUUGGCAAAUUUCAGCAGCGAUCAUUUCCCUUAUCACAUGUCACACGUAUACAUCAGUCAGUCGUGAGUCUCACAAGCCAAAUCUCUUCACUUCACCGUCUGGACCGGCGUAAAUCAAGCGGAGAGAGGGCCAAUGUCCUAAUGAUAGUCCGAAGUGCAUCCACGCAAAGCGGCCCGCUUCUCGAUUCUCGAAUGGUGCUUUUCAUUCAAGAAUGCACAUCAGUGCUCACUGCUCAAUGCCGCAGAAUCCGGGCCCUUUGCUUGCGAAGUCGUCAUGCCGAGACCCAAGGGUCCGCAGGAGUCUACCGCACCCGUUUGUGAUUUUAAUGAAUCUUGUAUAUAGGCGUGAAGAG